UCUACCAACGUCAAGAUGUUUGCAAUAAUGCUGGAGAUAUUUCCAAUUCUAGCCAUCCUUACAGGCCAGGCCAGCGGUGUGGUGGUGACCGUCCCUGAGAAGACAGUGAAUGUCACUACAGGUGGAAACGCAACCCUCGUCUGUACAUACACGAGUUCUGGACCGCUGGCAAAUUUCUUUAUUCAGUGGAGCUUUUACAGUGCCAAAGAGAGCCAACAGCAUACCCAUUCCCCGUGUCACGGUAUUCUGAGUAUGGACGAAAAGUCAGUCAGUCAUUGUCAAAAGAUGGUGUAUGUGACAGAUGCACGGGGAAGAUGUAGCUGGAGAUACAAGAUCUAUUAUUAUUCAGGAGGCCAGUCUUACUCCUAUGGAGAGUUUAAGAACAGGAUAACAGCUGCAACAAGUCCAGGGAAUGCAUCAAUAACAAUCUCCAACAUGCAGCCCUCAGACACUGGUUCCUACACCUGUGAAGUUUUCAGCCCACAGGAUGGCGCUGGACAGAGUCAAAAAUCUGUGAUUGUCAGUGUGCUGGUCAAACCAUCAAAACCGUUCUGCAGAAUAGAAGGAACGCCUGAAAAAGGCCAUCUAAUCUACCUCUUAUGCAAAUGUGAAGAAGGAUUGCCUCACCCUACCUACCGCUGGUACAAAGUAGAUGAGAAUAGCCUCAAGCCUGUGACUGAAAAACUUGAUCCAAACACUGGCAUUCUUUACAUUGGCAAUCUCACCACCUUUGAAACUGGGUAUUACCGGUGCAUAGCCAGCAAUGUCCUGGGGAACAGUACCUGCGAGCUUGACCUAACUGCAAAACAUUCAGACAGUGGUAUUGUUGUUGGAGCAUUUAUUGGAGCAAUUGUGGCAGCUGCUAUCAUUUGCAUUAUUGUCUGGGUCUUAACCAAGAAGGCAAAGAAGAAGAAGUCAUCAAGCAAUGAGAUGCAAGAAAUGGCUCAGAAACAAUCCAACGCAGAGUAUGUUCAGGUACCUAAUGAAGAAAACAUUCCUGCGACCACAGUUCCACCAAGCAAUGCGACAAAUGAAUACCCUAGCGUUGAUGAAACAGCAGCCUCCGGAACACCCCAAAAUUAUGAGAAGCAAGAAGCGGAAAAAGAAGAAAUAGCCUAGAGUUUUAGUAUAGUUUUUCUUGUCAGCUUUGAACCCCUUUAUGCAUAAAUUGUUGCCAUUGAAUUAACACAGAAGCAUGACUAAAACUUAAACGGGCAUUUGUAUUGUGGCCCACUGGGCUGGAGAUUGAAAGGGGUCUGUUACACACGCACUUCAUGAAUAGCAGAAGAUUUGGCCUUUAAAGUUAACCAAAUUUCACUUAUUAUCUAGUUAUAAUGAUACAUAAAUAUAAGCGUUAAAGGCUGUUACCCACGUUUAUCCAACCUAUUUUGCAAAACUAAUUAGGAAAUGGGCUGAAGCAUUUGACUUAAAAGCAAGAGCUUUCCAGUCAACUAUCAGCAAUGCUGUAUGUACCCAUACAGUUCUGAAGCACAGCAGUCUUGUCCAGAAAGUGUUGGCCAACGGUGUUGGUUUCCUCCGCACCAAGAACAAUCAUCAUGGCCAACACAUUGCAGUGUUUAAAGGAUCUGAUUUUGCAAGUAAAAAGAAGUUUCAUC